GGGCCGCCCAAGGAGCAGGCGCCGGCGGAGGAGCCGGGCACGCCGUCGUCGUCGCCCGAGGACAAGUUGCUGGCCAGCCCGCGGGCCAUCAACAACCUGGUGCUGCAGGGCUGCUCGUCCAUCGGGCUGCGCCUGGUGCUCGAGUACCUGUACACGGCCAACGUGACCCUGUCCCUGGACACGGUGGAGGAGGUGCUGUCGGUCAGCAAGAUCCUGCACAUCCCGCAGGUCACCAAGCUGUGCGUGCAGUUCCUCAACGACCAGAUCUCGGUGCAGAACUACAAGCAGGUGUGCAAGAUCGCCGCCCUGCACGGCCUGGAGGAGACCAAGAAGCUGGCCAACAAGUACCUGGUGGAGGACGUGCUGCUGCUCAACUUCGAGGAGAUGCGCGCCCUGCUCGACUCGCUGCCGCCGCCCGUGGAGUCGGAGCUGGCGCUCUUCCAGAUGUCCGUGCUCUGGCUGGAGCACGACCGCGAGACCCGCAUGCAGUACGCGCCCGACCUCAUGAAGCGCCUCCGCUUCGCCCUCAUCCCGGCCCCGGAGCUGGUGGAGCGGGUCCAGUCGGUGGAUUUCAUGCGCACCGACCCCGUCUGCCAGAAGCUGCUGCUGGACGCCAUGAACUACCACCUGAUGCCCUUCAGGCAGCACUGCAGGCAGAGCCUGGCCAGCAGAAUUCGCUCCAAUAAGAAAAUGCUGUUAUUGGUUGGAGGAUUGCCUCCCGGACCUGACCGGCUACCCAGCAAUUUGGUUCAGUAUUAUGAUGAUGAAAAGAAGACGUGGAAAAUACUGACAAUUAUGCCAUAUAAUAGUGCCCAUCACUGUGUUGUGGAAGUUGAAAACUUCUUGUUCGUAUUGGGAGGAGAAGACCAGUGGAAUCCUAAUGGGAAACACAGUACAAACUUUGUCAGCCGAUACGAUCCCAGGUUUAACAGCUGGAUACAACUCCCACCGAUGCAAGAGAGGAGAGCCAGUUUCUAUGCGUGUCGGCUUGACAAGAACUUGUAUGUGAUCGGUGGAAGAAAUGAAACUGGCUACUUGUCCAGCGUCGAAUGCUAUAAUUUAGAGACAAAUGAAUGGCGUUAUGUAUCUUCCCUACCACAGCCUUUAGCAGCACAUGCCGGAGCAGUGCAUAAUGGCAAAAUAUAUAUUUCAGGGGGAGUUCACAAUGGAGAAUACGUCCCCUGGCUAUACUGCUAUGACCCUGUCAUGGACGUCUGGGCCCGAAAACAGGACAUGAACACAAAGCGCGCAAUCCACGCUUUGGCUGUAAUGAAUGACCGACUAUAUGCUAUUGGAGGAAACCAUUUGAAAGGUUUCUCCCACCUGGAUGUCAUGCUUGUGGAAUGCUAUGAUCCAAAAGGUGACCAGUGGAAUAUUCUUCAGACACCUAUCUUGGAAGGCCGCAGCGGACCUGGAUGUGCAGUUCUUGAUGACAGUAUUUACCUUGUAGGAGGCUACAGCUGGAGCAUGGGGGCCUAUAAAUCUUCGACUAUUUGCUAUAGUCCUGAGAAGGGAACCUGGACAGAACUAGAAGGAGAUGUGGCUGAGCCACUUGCUGGCCCUGCUUGUUCAACUGUCAUCCUGCCAGCCUGUGUACCAUACAACAAAUAACAGUCCCGGAACAUUGAAAUGAACAAUGUUGCAUUCUGGAAAGUAAUGACGGGUGACGUAAAUAUUUUAAUAGAACAGAAUUCCUGGUAAACAAAACUACUGUAACCAACCCCUUAUUUCAUAUUUAUGCUUUAAAAGCAAACUAGAAAAAAAAAUCUUGUCCCAUCUCAGAUAGAUGCCGGUGUCUUGUGAAGCAAGUAGCUAGAACACACCGAACAUUACAUGCUGACAGACUGCCAUUUCAGACUGAUUUUAACUUUUUCCAGCUACAGAGAGAUUCCUCACAUCAAUGUUAACUGUAAAAAAUGAAGGCUAAAUUUCAUGUUCAGCCUGAAAAGACAAGAUCAGUAUUGUGCAUUGUAUUCUACCUGCAUGUGAUCUAUGUUGAAGUCAUGAGGAUGUUGUGUUCAUGAAUGCUUCAAAAUUCAGAUAGUAACAAGCUCACACUGCAUUGCAGAAUUGUCUCCUCUGUAAUCCUAUCCUACAGCUACUUCACAUGCUCUGCAAGCAACACAGCAUCAGAGGAUCAUAAAAGGUAAAGAAAUAUCAUUCGUUUUUUGCACAACUUGGCUUCUCAUACACUCUGCCUUCAAAGUCCCCCUGUGUAAGUGCAGCAAAGAGCAGACUACAAUGGAAGUCAUGCUUUACGGAGCACUUCUUGCAAUAGUGAUUUAGGGAUUAGGAACGAAUUCUCCUCUUAGCUACAGUGGAGUAAAUGCACAGUCAUUCCUCAAAAAUCAGUGGGAUGAGUGUUUUUACUUUGGUGUAACUGAAAUUCUGGCCUAUAACUCAAAUCCUGGGUUAAGACUGUAAGUUAUUACUGUAACCUGUUAAAAGAAAUCCAAUCUGCUAUUACAAUGAGCAUACAAUAAUUCUUUUCUCAUUUCCACUAACCUGUUACAAGUGAACACAAUUGCUAUUUGCUUCCAAAGACAAGAGUUUAAACAUAAUUGUGCCUCUUCAAACUCUUUAAUCAGUAUAUGCAGUUUUGGAGGGAUGCUGGUGAAUAGCUAAAAUUCUCAUCUGUGAUUUACCUUAAAAUAUGUAUGAUCAGAGGGGUUUUCUCCGUUGAUCCAGAGAAACAUGAGGAUGGAUUCUCUGCUGCCUUCUGCCUUGUAUAGUUAUUUACGCAUUGCAUAGAAAAUCCAAAAGGCUAUUAGGGCAGAAUGGUAGGAUUUUGCACCCACUUUAUGGAGUUUUAAUUGUUGACACUGGGGAUAAGUCAAUGACAAAUCAAGUCCUAUGAAUUUUAUGCCUAUGUCUUCUUUUUGCUGGCUCCACAGCAGUAUUUCACUUACAAUACUGUACUUGAUUCUCUGCUGCCUGUCUGCUAGUAUACUCAUUUAUACCUGUGCAAAGUACAUGUAAAACACUCCAAUUUACUCAUGGUUUGCAUCCACUUUACACUUAAGGCCAGCUUCUCAGCUGGCAUAAAUUAACAUAGCUCAGUGCAUUCCAGUUGAUGCUGCCUGAGGAUCUUGGGUUUUUAUUUGCAAGUCCAUAAACAGAUACACUGGGUGAUAGGCAGUGGAGAAUUAAACUCAAUAUUUCCAAAGCUUUGCAUAUUUUUGUCAAUAUCAUUUGUUGAGGAUAAUGGUAGAAAAACAAGAAGCAAAAAGCUACUGUCUGUUGGCUUCUGUUGCAGUAGGAGUAGACACGAAGGAGAAAUCAUUAUUUGAUUUGUAAAGUAGGAAGAAAAAGAACAAAUAUGUUUAAAAGUUUCACUGGACAUUCAAGAGUCUAAGAGAGUAACAUAAAUAUUGGGGAAGACAGAUCAUGGAACUGCUUCUCCAUGUCAUUGCUCCAGGUUUUUACAGUGUAAGUCCUUGCUUGCAGUAGAAUUACACAGAUGUAAAAAUGAAGUACCAUAUUACAGACUGAGGCUGUAUAAAUGCAAUAAAUUAAUGGAUGAGGCAGCUGCACAUCUAGAAAAACUUGUUUAAAGAAAAUAAUUCUCUGAAGCCACUCCGUAAUGUGCUGGGUGGUUUCCCAGGCAUAAUCACUAAGGAACUCAUAAAGGUGGAGUGUAUACUCUGAAAUCUCAACCCAUUUCUACUGUAUAGUGCAAUCUUAGUUGGUUUUGUAUUUAUUUGUAUUGUUCAGAUCCAAGGGAUCCCUUGUAAAAUAUAUUUGGUGCAAUCAUGACAUUUUUUCUUUUCUGUUGAAAGUAUAUAAAUAUAAAUAUAUAUAAAGAGGAAACCUGUUACAGUACUAAAUGAAGAAACCUCGAAUGACAUUUAAGAUCAUGAUAAGGUCUGCCAUACAGCACUGACUGUCACCUGUCUCUACUAAAAUGUACCACUUUAAAGGGUAUUUGUUGUCCUUUUUAGUGGUUCUUUUUUUUUACCAAGAUAAUUUAAAGAUUUAUGAGGACUGUAUGUAAAUCUUUCUAUCUUUCAGGAAGGCAUGACCAAGGCAAGUGCUAACUGAAUAAAUAAGUCAGACUGUAAAUUUUGUACAGUAUUAGAAUGUGUAAAUGAAGCUUGCUUGUAGGGGGAAAACUUUAAAUAAAACUUUAUGUACUAAUUCAACUGUCUGCCAUAUUCCUACUUAUAAAGUGUAUGUAUAAAUAAUAUCUACAUUAAAUUCUUUGGAAGUUU